AUGCCGCGCAAGAGAAAAGGUACCAAGAGAGAGUCUGCCGACGCCAAUCCUCCCAAAUCACUGCAACCGCAGCCUACUACAGCAGCCACAGCCACAGCCACAGUCACAGCCACAGCCACAGCCGCAUCAACAUCCGCCCAUGCAACCCCACUUCUAUCCACGGUUGAAGCCGAGAAGGUGGCGCAAACUACUCGCCACAUCGCUACCGCAAGCAAACGGACACGCUACUUGAACGACGCCGACGAGGACCGUCUCGGUAAGCUCGUCAGUCUUGAACGCUGGAUCGAGGGCGUCAGCAAAGGCAGAGGCGCUGCCUUCUGCAUCUGCGGCCAUCUUGUUCAAGCAGAUCCUUCAGCUGGCUCGGUUUCUCCUGACGCGUUCAACAUCGAGCUAAGCUGCAUUCACCCCACCGAUCCUUCUAAUCGCUCCCACCUUCGCAUCACCUUUUUCGACCAGCUAGCAAGCAGAGUUGCCGAGCCUCUUCUCCUCCUCCACCGCCUUGGCCCGCCCGCUAUCGUAUACCUUUCUGGCUUUGCUGCGCAGCUUUUCGACAUGUCAGCUGCGCCUCCUCGAGUCGUCUUCGCCCAAGCAAAUGCCGUCGUCAAAAUGUCUCACCAAUCUUUGUCAGCCGAUCCUACAGCUCCCACCUCGGUCAUUUGGAUCGAACAGCUCGCCACUCCCUCAGCUUUCGCCUCCUCCUCUUCGUCCACCCUACUAGCCCCGUCGAAUCAAGUCAGUUCAGCAUCCACUAGAGCCGCUCAGCACCCAAUUCCAUAUGAGCAACCUCGAUCAGCUAAUGUGGCAGACCUCAACCCAGAGCCUCGUCAUUCCAGUCACGCCAACGACUGGUUUUCAACCCCGGCUCCCUCCACCAACAUGGGCUUGAAUCGUCCCACAGACGCAUUCACCACCGCAUCUGCAUCCGCCACACUACUGCCGCCGCCGCCACCACCACCACCACCGCGUCUAGCACAAUCGUCUAGAUCCUCGCCAGAAGCGCACUCAGUUGUCUCGUCCUCCUCGUCUGUUUCACCAAAUCCAUCCAGAGCUUUGUCGAGGCAAGCUUCCGCUUCCAACGCCCCAGCACCGUUUUGUCGCAAUGCGCCCAACGUCAAGCCGCGUCAUAUGGGCAACUGCCUCUACACUCCCAUUUCCAUGGUCCGCGACGGCGAGCGCGUCAACAUGAUUGGUGUUAUCGUGUCAGCAGGAGACGCUCGCCGCUCUUCGUGCGGUACACGCGAUUUCAGCCUCAAGAUUACCAUUGCCGACGCUUCCUGCCUUUCCGGCACCGGCUACGCCAAGGAGCUCGCACGAUCCAUCACCGUCAUGCUUUUUGCUCAGCUCCCUGAAUCCAUUCCGCAAAACGUUGCUCUCGGCCAUAUCUUUGCCAUCCGUGGCGUUCACAUUCAGAUGUUCUCAGGUAAGCCUCAAGCCGUCGGCAAGUCGAUCUCGCUCUGGGAAUGGGCCAUCUACGACCCAGUCUCGGGCGACGUACGUGCCUCGCCUAGCUUCCCACUCGCAUCGCAUUCCCCUCCCGAAUGCAGUGCAGAAGAGAUGGAUCACUUCCGUGACACGGCCAAUUGGUUCUCCGAGCUUCAAGGCGUCGACGCCAACAUUGUGACCAGGUCAUCGCGGCCCAUGCUCAAACUCUGCGAUGUUGUCGAAAAUGUCUUUUUCGACACUGUUGUCGAAGUUGUCAAGAUCUUUACCCAUACGCUUGCUCCUGAUCUCUAUGUCACCGACUACACCAAUCACAUGCUUUUCUAUCGCGGCAAUGACAGGUAUCUGCCCACAGACUGUCCCAUUCACUAUCCCGACCACACCGAUGGCUGGGGCCACGUCUUCCAGAUCAGCCUCUGGGACAGCCAUGCCACCAUUGCAGAAGGCCUCAAGACAGGAGACAUCAUCCGCAUCCAAAACGUCCGCCCCAAACUCAAUCCGCGUGGACUCCUCACAGGCGGGCUCGGCAGCAGCACCGACAAUGGCAUCAAAAUCCGUACGCUCAAGCCCACACACGAAGCGCGCAUCGAUCUCGAACAUCGACGUAUCUACUUUAUCUUGGGCCUCGAAGAAAUGGCGCAAGAAGCGCUGGCCGAUCGACUCGAGCGACAAUCCAGCCAGUCUUUCCAGCCAGCACAUGCUGCUGAUCAACAAGCGCAGCAGGGUGCACAAUGCUCAAUUUUGGGGCAGCAGCCACAAGGUCAUCCGUCGCGGCACUCCGAAGAUCUCGCGUCGCGUGCCACGUUGACCCACACCAGUAACGCAGCUCCAAAUGCAACAAGCUCGGUUGUAAGACACUCGUCUAUCCAAGCUAUGUCGGCCGCAGAUGCGAGUACAUUAUCGUCUACGCAAUCUUUUCCUACACCUGCUCAACGCCAGAGUCUUGCUGCGCAGGAGUCCAAGCUCUUGAAAUCGGGAGACAUGACGUCAUCCACACCGCUCGGCACUGGUAUCAGCGGCAAUGUCAUCAGCACGCCUGACGACUCGCCCGAUCUUAAGAUCAACAUGUUCAUGGGACCACCCGGCGCUCCUCUCGAAGAGUGCCGCUCCUUGAUUCAAUGCAAAGCACCAGAGUGGGUUUCACUGACACCGCUUGCCGAGCUGACCACCACCUCAAAGUGUCCUGGCCCAUUCAAAGUGCAAGCAUGCGUCGUCGCGGCCAACCCAGUCAAAUCCGAAAUGUGGGGGCGUGCCGAGUGCCAGACGUGCAAACGCCUGAUUCCGCGCGCCGAUCGCUUCUGCGUCAAUUGUGGAGACGAGGAAGGCGAGUCUCUCGUGUACAGCUUUCGUUUUGCCAUCAUGCUCGAAGAGGUGGAUACAGAAUUUGUCGAGCGCAAAUCGAGGUGGAAAUCCUUACUUGAUGACAAGGCGAAUCUCAACAAGAUCAAAGUCUCGGUGCUCGUUCACGGACGUGCGAGUACAGCGCUGCUGUCGUGUGUCGAUGCCAAGGCGGCGUUCCUUUGUGAACCACCACAACUCCAAAUGCUACGACGCUUCCAGAACCGUUUGCUCCAUCCAGAUUUGUACGGGUUGAGCACAGAACAGGCGUUCGCCGUCUACUCGUAUCCGUCCAACGAUCCCGCUGGACCAAAACACAGAUUUGCCUUAUAUAAACAUUACAACGUUCUAUCUGACGAACACGAUCUAUUGUAA